AUGGCGACAGCGUUGUCGGCGCCCGUCUCCACGGCAACGGUGCGAGUUUCCAAUAUCCCGCCCUCCGCCGUCGCUAAGGAGCUCCUAGCAUUCUUCAAUUCUGCCGUCGCCGCCGCCGGCGAAGCGUACGCCUGCGAGAUCGCCGCUGCCCGACGCGGCUGGCUAAGCCGAGGCAAUGGCAGCGUUCAGUUCGAUUCCACCGCCACCGCAACCCUCGCCGCCGAACUCGCCUCCUCCGGGCGCCUACCCCGCUUCCUCGGCUCCCUCCUCUCCGUCUCCCCUGCCCCCUCGGACCUUCUUCCCCGCGCGCCGGACCUUUCUCUCCGCGUGGCCGACGCCCGCCUCCUUGUAGGCAACCGCGUCGCCGAGCGCGAAUUCGAGGUGGCCGACUCUUGGGACAGCGUGUGCGUGGAGGUCAUCCCGGGGAAGCGGCGCAUAGACCUCUACCUGAAUCACGAUACACAGAUGUACAAGCUCGAGGUGUUCUUCGAGGACAUCAGGAACUGCUACCAGUGCAGCUUCGAUGGGGCCGGCGCCAUCUUGCUUCAGGUGAGCUGGUCACCGAGUUGCUGUGAUGUUUCUGUUUUUCCUUUGUACAUUAUAUAUUAG